CUACAGAUACUCGAAGAAGUUUGCACCGACCUGCUGCUGCAGCUGCACCUAUGAGUCUCCACGUUAAUGAAUAGCCGCGGCCCGCGCGAGACAAACGAGCCCGAUUAUGCCGAGAUAAAGAGCAUCUGCCUCGCGCUUUGUCCGAUAAUGGCAUGCGAUGGUUCAUCCGCGGAGGAUUUCCCGGACAAAGUGAUGCCCAGAGCAGCUCCCUGCACGUGCAACAAGAAGUGCAGGAGUCGGAGCAGCAGUGUUGUCUUCCUGGGAUUAUUCCUGCUGUCGCUGUCUCUACACGCUGUCACCCUCGUCUGCUAUUUGGACCUGCGGUCCGAAGUCAAAAGGGAAAUUAUCCACCAGAAGCGGGACUCAAUGUUGACACUUGCGGGGAGUAGUGACCUGGCUGACCCGGCGGCAGUGCUUUCACCCGGACACCCGCGACUGGACUCCGGCAGCAGCCGCUCUACAGAGGCUCAUGAGGUAAAAGAGAAAUUACUGCACAGAAAAAGCGAAUUCCAUGCCACAGAGGAUAACAGGGGCAUAACUCAGCGAGCGAAAAGAAGUCCCGGCAAGCAGCCAGAAACAGAAUCGACUGGAAGGGAAAGAAGGAAAGAGAAGAAAAAAGGGAAAAAGAGGUCUGUGCCGGGCCCCCCUGGUCCCCCCGGUCCCCCGGGCCCACAGGGGCCACCGGGCAUCCCUGGAAUCCCCGGUAUUCCAGGAAGCAACGCUGUAGGGCCCGCAGGACCGCCUGGACCCCCUGGGCCGCAGGGACCUCCGGGCACGCAAGGUCCAGCAGGGGUUCCUGACAAGACGAAAACAAAAGAAUUCCAGCCUGCAGUGGUUCAUUUGCAAGGGCAAGAGACAACCAUCCAAGUGAGAGAAGAUCUGUCUGAAGGCAUCCUUAGGAACUGGAAGAUGGUGUCCAUCCAUCACCGCGUGUUUAAAAUGCACUCUCGCUCUGGAGAGCUAGAGGUGCUGCUGGAUGGUGUCUACUUCAUAUAUAGUCAGGUAGAAGUGUACUACCUCAACUUCACCGACAUUGCCAGCUAUGAGGUGAUGGUGGACUCCAACCCAUUCCUGCGCUGCACCUGCAGCAUCGAGACGGGCCAGCGCAAGUUCAACACCUGCUACACGGCUGGGGUGAGCCUGCUCCGUGCCGGCCAGAGGAUCUCCAUACGCAUAGUGUAUGAGGACACACUCAUCAGCAUGACCAAUCACACCACCUUCCUGGGAAGUGUCAGACUUGGAGAGGCUCCAUCUGCUGGACAGAACUGAUAACUACACAACCAACCAGCCCCUCUACGUGAAAUGCCCCGUCUUGCCCCCGUUCCGAGGAAAUUUAAAUCCUCCGGGUUAUUAAAGUCGAGGAAGCCCCAGGUGACUUUUGAUCACUCUCACAGCUCUGCAUUAAAAAGGACAAUAUUGACUGUUACGCUUCCCACACACGAUUCUGUGCAAAGGGAUGAGCCUCAAUGAGCCUCAUCAAACAAAAGUUUCUAUUUAUAGUCCCCAUUUUUGUGUCAACACAGACGGCAUUUCUCUUUAUAACAAGGAAGGACACUGCGCUGACAUAUACUUAAUAUUUACAUAUUUUAAGUGCUGUUGAAUGAUAAUCUUGUAUCUCCAAAAACACUAGCUAAUCAAAAAUGUUUUAUUCGCAGAUUGUAUACUUGGCCAUUUUAAUUAAUUUAAUUAUAUUAGCUGUUAUAUAGUAAGUGGUUUAAAGGUCCAUAUGCCCCUGGGUUAUAAAAAUUAUUAAAAGAUCAUAUACAUGUUCAAAGCAAGUAUAAUGGUAUCUAUGCGGAGCUAGAAAAAAAAAUCCAUUAAAACUGGAGUUAUAAGGUAGUCACAGAGCAACAGCACUAUAUAUUUUGCACACAUUUGCACUACAACAUCCCUGCAGAAUAUCAGUGAUAUGUUUUGUUACAGUGCUAUUGUUUUAGUUACGGUAUGAAUGAAUCCAUGUGGAAAAAUGAUAGUUGUUUAUACGUCUUUGUACAUAUUGUAUAUAAAAAGGGAUAUACUUUUGUAAAUGGAGUU